AUGGUACAUUGGAUCAUAUCAGACUUGCCCUUGGGCUUAAUCGGAAUUUGUACCUGUGCUUAUGCAGCAUCAAUAUUCUUUUUUGACCCUGACUCCGAAGGGAAGAUGCUCAUUUCUGUCCUUGCUUUUUUAAUAUCGACCGUGGCCUUAAUUAAUAUAUCGAUAUACCACUACAUUCAGAAGAUCAGAAUCUAUAAUGAAAAACUAGAAAAAAUUGUCAUUCCCGAAUUUAUAGAGAAUAGACCUUUUAAGGAAACAAAUGUGAUGCAAAAAGACGAAAUUCUAGCAAUAAUAUUAAGAAAUGUGAACGCUAAAUUCGUAUCCUCAAUGAAAACAAAAUAUAUCUUUAGAAACAUAGAGCAAUUAGUGAAAUUCCAUGACAAUACUAUUGCAGGAUUUACUAAGAGGUAUUUUGAAAAGUAUAAGGAUUUACCGCUCGAAGACAUUCAAGGCUGGGAUAGAAUGUUGUUAGUCGCUAAGAACAUUCAAGAUGAAGAUCUGAAGGAUGUCUAUGCUGACAUGGUUUCACCAGAAAUAAUUCAGAAAUAUAGCAAUAUGCGACCCACUACUCAAGAAAAUGGACUGACCACGAACGGGAACUGA